AUGGAGCCCUAUGCACGCUUUGGACUAUGGGACCUGAAGGACACAGCUGCUACAUCUGCAGUGAGAGACUGUGUCUAUGACUCAUUCUCCUCUUCCUCUCCCUCUUCCUCGGGUCUGGAGGUGAAAUGUUCAGACUCGGUGCGUCUGGUCUCGGGGCCCAGUCUGUGCUCAGGAUCAGUGCAGAUCUGGGACCAGUCCUGGACCUGGGUCUGUGAAGGGGCCUUGGACCAGCAGGGGGCAGAGGUGCUGUGCAGGGAGCUGGGCUGUGGGGCUCCUUCUCUCCUCCAGGGGGCGCUCUCUCCUCUGAAGCAGACGUUCCACUGUGAGGGCCAUGAGUCUGCUCUGAUGGACUGUCCCCGCUCCGGCUCAGAGACCUGCUCCUCUGGAGCCGCUGUCAACCUCACCUGCUCAGAUGUCAGGCUGGUGGGAGGGGCCAGUCGCUGUGCUGGGACUGUGGAGGUGAGAAACACAGAGUGGGGACGGAUGUGGCCAAUUGACUUCUCUGGACCCUGGUUCCUGGAGCACACAGCUGUUGUGUGCAGAAACCUGGACUGUGGCUCUGCUGUUUAUGGAGAAAAGAGAGAUGGUUUUCCACUGAGUCCAUGGUGGAGAGUCUCAACUGACUGUGUGAUGAUGAAGUCUGCAGUGAGAGAAUGUGUCCUUGAGUCAUACUCCUCUCCCUCUUCCUCAGGUCUGGAGGUGAAGUGUUCAGACUCGGUGCGUCUGGUCUCGGGGCCCAGUCUGUGCUCAGGAUCAGUGCAGAUCUGGGACCAGUCCUGGACCUGGGUCUGUGAAGGGGCCUUGGACCAGCAGGGGGCAGAGGUGCUGUGCAGGGAGCUGGGCUGUGGGGCUCCUUCUCUCCUCCAGGGGGCGCUCUCUCCUCUGAAGCAGACGUUCCACUGUGAGGGCCAUGAGUCUGCUCUGAUGGACUGUCCCCGCUCCGGCUCAGAGACCUGCUCCUCUGGAGCCGCUGUCAACCUCACCUGCUCAGAGCCGCUCAGGCUGGUGGGAGGGGCCAGUCGCUGUGCUGGGACUGUGGAGAUGAAACACAGAGGAGAGUGGAGACGGAUGGGGCCCUAUGGACCCUGGCUCCUGGAGCACACAGCUGCUAGGUUUGCAGUGAGAGAAUGUGUCUAUGAUUCAUCCUCCUCUUCCUCAGGUGUGGAGGUGGUUUGUUCAGACUUACUGAAUCGUCCGGUCAUCUCUCUGUCUGUGUCUGACGGGGUUUCCGAGCCCCGGCCACAGGGGGUCCGGGUGCUGCUGGGGUCAAAGUUCAGUGUCAAAUGCUCUGUGGAGCCACAGUACCCGGGAGGCUCCUUCCAGCUCCUCUCUCCCACUGCCCCCCUCGGUCAGAACCACACCCUGCCCGCUGUCAAUCACUCCGCACACUUCCUGUUCUCUGACACUGGCCCCGCCCACAAAGGAAACUACACCUGUGUUUACCACCUGCAUGUGUUCAACCACAGCUUCUCCUCUCAGAGCCCCAGACUCCAGCUCUCUCUGGGAGCUCCAGACUCAGACCUGAUCAUCAGAGUCCUGCUCAUUCUACUGUUGAAGCUCCUCUACAUCCUUCCAAUGUUCUACUACUACUGCAAGGUGCGGGCCAGAGGGGGCGCUAGAGAGACGACCUUGUAGGACCUGGACUGGUUCAGAUC